AACGCGUGGUUAAACCACGUGGAUAAGAGAAUCCGGAGAGAGCAGAUGAUUCGAUUCGCAAACUGCAUGAGGGAGAAAAAAGCUCCGACGGUGGCAAGAAUAAUUGCCAGCAGAUUGCAUUAUAUUCCCUCCCUUCUACAUCCUUCGCCUAAUUAUUCCCUAAGUGAAGCGAAUUAAAUGAAUCCGUGUCUGUAUCAUCAAGCAGCAUGACUUGCAUCAAACUGAUUUCAACGAUUACAAGCGCUGAAAUCACCUCGGCUUGAUGUGUGGAUUGGAAAAUUUCUUGCUGCUAUAAUUGAGCCAAAUUUGAAUCUGGACCAUCAAUGAACAUGACUUACAUGAAAUAUUAAAACUAAAAAGGAAUUCUAAAACCCGUCGUUGGAUUAAACUGUAGAUUUAAAAAUUGUGAUCUUGCUGAUAUCAGGUACAUAUAAGACAUCGGACCCCAGUUAUGUAUGUGGAUCAUCGAAAUACUUGUAUUAAAACUGGAGAAAAAAAGGAUUAAUGUGUGAAUUUCGAAACUUCCUGUCAUAAUGCUUUAUUGGCAUCUGAAGUAAAUAAAGUUCGACACCAGCAAACCAUCUGAUGCAGAUGCGUCUGAAGCAGGGAUCUUUCCACCUUUCCCAACAGCCACCGUCGCACCAUGCGAUCUGUGUUGACAGUUAGUUUUUGGAGCGACACCGCUGCCCCGAACACGAGAAGACGAUUGCUCGAGCUCACCUGUGAUCGCCACCCCUUGGCGUGACGUCACGGCUUGGGUGUCCGAAGCGUGACGUCAAGGUCCCUGGUGGAUGUCGCCGGAGAAGGAGGAGUGAAAAACGGGGAGUGGCUACAGUGCACUACGGUCGAGUACCUCCCCCCUAACUUUUCCUCCUUCUUGUCUUAAACACGGGGAGUCUUUCGCUCCAACCGGUGACAACAGUGGUUAGUGGUUGGCGCUGCCGACCUGUGUGCGUGCGUGAAGUAGUGUUGUGUGCGGCGAUAUUUAUUUUUUCUGAAUCAUCCCCAAUAGCUCUUUGUUCUGCCGGAGACGGUGUCCGUCAACCUCCAGACGGUCCCGCGACGGCGUUCCGUAUGACGACUACGACGUCUUCAGCGGACAACGGCGGUGGUGGCAGUGCCACCGCGGUGUCAUCCCCGUCGCCGCCUAACCUGCUGCCCAAUGCGGCCGGACAGCAGCGGAUCUGCGGUGGACAGUCGCCCGUGUCACCUGCCACCGGGACUCAGGUUCAGCUGACCAGACCAACGCUGCUCAUGGACGUGGCUAUUCGCUGUACUGCCGUGAGUUGUUCCUGUGAUUGCUUCUCUCCUUGCAAGGCUCAAAUUCGCAUCUGUGACGGCUGUGGACAUGGAUGGGUCAGUCAUGCUUUGGACAAGCUGGGGUUUCGUCAUCUAUUCAACUGCCAUCAAGUAGAAGUUGUUCAACCGAGUAUUGCUUUCGACGUAGCAUCCCUGAUGCUUUAUGGAACUCAAGCAAUUCCUGUUCGUCUCAAAAUACUACUGGACAGGCUCUUCAGUGUCCUUCAACACGAUGAGGUUCUACAAGUACUUCAUGGUUUUGGAUGGACGCACGAAGAUUAUGCCAGAGGUUACAUAGUACAGGAUCCGUCUGGUGCAGUUUUGGAUCGUUGGUUGUUAGCUUCUAGAGAAGAGGAGCCUUUAAUUCUUCAACAGUUCCUACGUUUCGGCGAGACAAAAACAAUUGCCCAGCAGUUGUUGCUUCAGGAAAGCAGCGAACGAUCGGAUUUUGUGAUUCAACCUCCUAGAACUGAAUCGGAUAUUAAAAAGUUCAUCGAAAGGACAAACAGAGGCGUUGUUGGAAGUUCCCUUUUCAAGCAGCACAGCAGUCAUAUAUACAGUCACAUGGGGGGCUCAACCCAAUCCCUGCCACUGCUUGGAAGCAAACCUUCAUUUAGGCAUUUGUCAUCCAGUGUGAACUCGACCCAUUCAGCAUCCCCUACUAUAACUUCUCCAAUCAAUUGUACGAGCCCUAUUGCUUUGUCUCCCCUCAAUAAAUUGCAAAACAUGCAACCUUAUGACUUUCGUCAGGAUAAAAGUAGUCCCGAUUUGCCAAAGAGUGAAAAUGUAGAUAGACAAGCUUCAGUAACUGCUUCUCUAUAUGGAAUGAAUUCUGUUACUUCUCCCACAACCUCCGUCCCACAUAUGUCCUUUUCGACCUCUAGUCUAACUAAUGUUUCAAGCACAAAUAACUCGUCCACCUAUACUACUGCUAGUUCAGAACGUAGUGGCAAUGAUGAUGGUGUGUAUUGUUCUGAAGGGGAGGAUGAAGAUGCAAGCAAUACUGCCAUCAAUUUAACACGAUCUUCUUUAACCACAAGUUACAUGGAUUCUGUGUAUGCUGCUAAAAAAGUGAGACAUUUAAGAAAAUCCGCUAAUCCUAUGAAGAGGAGGUGGAAUCCCACUGUUUUGGCUACUUUGUCUACCAAUCCCGCUACAGGAAAAAAAAGAGUACAAUGUCACGUUUGUUUGAAAACAUUUUGUGACAAAGGCGCUCUAAAAAUUCAUUUUAGCGCUGUGCAUCUAAGAGAGAUGCAUAAAUGUACAGUAGAAGGAUGUAAUAUGAUGUUUAGCUCUCGCAGAAGUAGGAAUAGACAUAGCGCUAAUCCUAAUCCAAAGCUUCAUACACCUAACUAUCGAAGAAAGAUUAAUCCUCAUGAUGGCAGAGCUGCCAAUCCUUAUCCUAUAAUCCCACCUAGUGGAAUUUUAGACUUCGCUAAUGGUAUGAUAUCUUCCUAUUCAUCAGGUCCACAUGACGGUGAUAGUAGUUCUGGUUCAGAAAUUGAUCGUAGACCUGUGACUCCCCGAAGAAGUUCCCUUUCGGAUGUUAAAAGUGAUGGGUCAUCAGCAGAAAAACGGAAUCCUUUAUCAAAUACAGAAGAUGAUGUUCCUUUACCUUUGACAAAAAAAUUUCGACUGGAAGAAAAUAUCAUGAAUAAUCGUGGAGAUGAAGGAAUAGAUUUGAGCAUGAAAGAAGAGCGCCGAAAACUCGAAAGUGAUAUUUGCGUGAAAGAAGACUGUCGCGAUUCUGAAAGAGACGCGAACAAUAAAGACAUUCAUUUGAAUAAUUUAAAUGAUAUAAAAGAUCUUCGCAUAACAGGUUCAGAAACAUCAUCUGUGCCUUUUCAACCACACCGAGUUAAUGAAGAUAAAGAAAAACAUGAAACUGACGAGGUCCAAACAGCAAGUUGUGAAUCUGCAAAACAAAAUACUAAUAACGCCAGCCAUACAGAAACUAAGCAUCAGAUGGAUGAAAAAGAUCGUUUUCUCUCAUCUGAGAAAGGUGUCCGGAAGCGUAAAAGUCUAAAUCCUACUAAAUGCCCUACUACUAGUGAUGAUGAUUUGCAGUUUGCAUCUUCAGACGAUUCUUCCAGUGAUACGUAUAUCGAUCAAGACAAUGAUGACAACGGAUUGCUAGACUCUAAAUCUGAUUACUUGACUUCUGAUGGUUCAGAUUCAAUUAAUGAAUUGGACGAUAUUGAUGAUAAUUCAGAAAAUGGAAAAGAUAAAAGACGCGAUGUUAAAACUUCUAGUAAAUCAGAAACGCCCCCCAUGUCCUCUGUUGUUGUUACUACUGCCCAAACUUCGACUCCCAAAAAUAGUGUAGAAAAGAACUACCAUGGACAUGAAAGAUAUAAUGGUUUUUCCAUGUCUGAUUUAGACAAAUUUAGAAAUGAGAUUUCCAUGAAUCAAAUGAAAGAAAACGACGAUAUUAAUGAGAAUCCGUUAAGACAUUUGGAAUCGCUUUCUUUGGGAGCUUUUACAAACAUGAUGAAUGUUAACAACAGAGUAAAUUUUAACCAACGAGGUACAAAUGUAUCAAGUGGAGUUUCUUACCAUGCUCCUGGACUCGGAUUAGGAUCAGUGACGACGACGACUGCACCAAAUCGUGUAGAAUCUCCAGGAAUGGAGAUGAUGCCUUCAUUAAUCAGUAGUUCUCAUCCACCACCCCUAACUUCCAAUUGUCAUUUAAACAACAGUGAUACAGAAAAUUCCAUGUCGGAUCAACAAAUGGGCAUGGUUCCUGUUUUCAGAGAUGCUUCUAUGGUUGGAACAGUUGAAAUUCCUGUUGACAAAGAAAAUCCUCGAAGAUGUACUGCUUGUGGUAAAAUAUUUCAAAACCAUUUUGGAGUUAAAACUCAUUACCAGAACGUGCAUUUAAAACUAAUGCAUAAAUGCACAGUGGAAGGGUGCAAUGCUUCAUUUCCAUCAAAGCGCAGUCGCGAUCGUCACAGCGCUAAUUUAAAUUUGCACCGAAAGCUUUUAUCUACCACUUCGGAAAGGGGGACUGGAAGCUAUUUCGACAAGAGUGGGACAAUGUACCCUUUUCAUCCAGAUGCUUACAGAGGAGAUCUUUUCUCUCGUCUCUAUGAUCAUAAUUCUCUACCUUUGAGUUUUGCUGAUAUUUAUCAUAAUCGCUUGUCUGCAGAAGGUGCUGGAAGUCCUUUUUUGGGUGCUUCGCCGUUCUCCCAUUUGCCUGGUGCCAUGCCUGGAUUUCACCCCGCAUUUCUCCCACCGGCUACAACAGUGGCAAAUUAUAAAAAUGAAAACAAUACACGAUAUCAUCAUGAGCAAAAUAGUGGUCGAAACAGUUCGGUAAGUUCCAUCAGCAAUCCUUCUUCUCCAGGACCUUCUCUUCGAGGCUCUCCCAGAGAAAGUUCUGGACAUUUUCCUGCUGUUAAAUUAGAGGAGGAUCUGCUUCCAGAUUCGGAUGGUAGAUUUGCCUGUACAAUAUGUGAAAAGAAAUUCCACGAAGCUGUAGUGUUAAGAGAACAUUAUGAAAAGAGCCACACACAAGUUCUUUUACAUUGUUCAAUGAAUGGUUGCAAUAAAGUGUUCCUUUCGAGGCAGUCUCGAAACAAUCAUAGUGAUAAUAUUCACAAAGAGAAGAACAUAGAUGCUACAUAGCGUUAUAAGAAGAUAAUUUUAUCUGGAAUUUAACGGAUAGAUUAUUUUGAAACUUGUUAUGUGCCAACGUAGAGCUUUUUGUUUUUCAUGCUUCAUGAUCAUUAAUGAAUUUUAAAGGACAUGAGUGCAAGUACUUUAAGAAAAAUAUUGAUAUAUUUUGAUUUUAAUUUACGCACAUGUUACUUUGUUAAUGUAAGUUCAAAACCUUCUAAAAAGCAAGGAAAACAUUGGUGUUUUAAACCAUGAUCAAAAUUGUUAUAUUAAAGAAUUAUUUAAUUUCUAAAAAGUGUAUCAAUUUUUUUUAUUGAAGAUUUUUAGCCGCCAUCAGACUACAUGAUUUGUGCCAACAACGCACUUCAUCGUAAUUGUAUUUUUAGUUUCUUUUGUAAUGUAUUGAUACGGCAGGCCCUAUCAUUUACUGGUUACAUAUAUUUGUGUAAGUUUAGAAAAUGCUGCUAUCAAAAAAUUUGAUUUGUAAGCUAUGUUCAUAAAUAUGUAUAGAAAUUUGUAUAUAGAAUGGAUUAUUCAGGAUUAAAACCAUUGUUGAUAAAACCACUUUAUCCUAUUUUAUGUGUAUAGUUGCUAGAUACUAAGGAAAGCUCAUUUUUUUUAAAGAAACUGCAUGGUAUGAUCAUGCCCAGCGUAUCAGCUAUUGUUGAACAGAAAAUGUGCCAACAACAAAUAGCAUGCCAAAUUUAUUUAUGAUUAAGAUAAACAUUUUUGGCAAAUACCAGGGAGUAUUGAUGCCUUUAGCUUUCAAAAUAUGAAUUUUUUUCAAAAAGAUGGCAUUCAUUAUCCGAUGUCCACUAGAGACAUCGGUUUGCCAUCUUUGAGUACAAACUGGGUCUUCUCCAUUGUUUUGUUGAAGGUGCAAUAAAUUUUCAUAUACAUUAUACUUUUGCCGCGUUGUCCUUACUUGUGUUUCUGAAAAUGAAAUCAGCUGUGUAAUUCUGUCAUGCGUAACGUUUAAGUUAUUGUAUUUCCCAUUUGUAAUAUAAAACCCGA